GGCGCUGCGUGCGCUGGGGGCGCUGCGUGCGCUGGGGGCGCUGCGUGCGCUGGGGGCGCUGCGUGCGGCGGGAUGGGCGCGGUGCGGGAGCUGGCGCUGUUCCUGGGCACGCUGCUCUACGCGUACGCCGAGGCGGCGGUGCGGCUGCUGCUGCCCGCCCGCAGGAAGGCCGUCGGCGGGGAGCUGGUGCUGCUGACGGGGGCCGGCCGCGGGCUGGGCAGGGCCACGGCCCGCGAGUUCGCCCGGCGCCAGAGCCGCCUGGUGCUGUGGGACGUCGACACGCACGGCCUCAAGGAGACGGCUGCGGAGUGCGAAAGGCUGGGAGCCACCGUCCACACCUUUGUGGUGGACUGCAGCAAAAGGGAGGAAAUCUACAGUGCUGCAGAGAAGGUGAAGAAGGACAUUGGCGAUGUCUCCAUCCUGGUGAACAAUGCUGGUGUGAUCACGGCUGCCGACUUGCUCUCGACCCAGGACCACCAGAUUGAGAAAAUGUUUGAGGUCAACAUUCUCGCCCACAUCUGGACAACAAGAGCUUUUCUGCCAGCAAUGAUGGACAACAACCGUGGUCACAUUGUUACGGUGGCUUCCGCAGCAGGUCAUUUUGUAACCUCUUUCAUGGUGGCUUAUUGUUCAAGCAAGUUUGCUGCGGUUGGAUUUCAUAAAGCUCUAACCGAGGAACUAUCUACCCUGGGAAAGGAUGGAAUAAAAACAACGUGUGUCUGCCCAGUUUUUAUGAACACUGGAUUUGUCAAAAACCCCCGUACAAGGCUUGGAAGGAUUUUGGAAGUUGAUGAAGUUGUGAAAGAAAUGAUGGAAGGAAUACUGACUAACAAGAAAAUGGUUUUUGUUCCACCACAGCUGAGCAUUGCUUUACUUUCUGACAUGUUGCUUCCAGAACGUGUCUCAAGAUUUCUGAAAAAGCUGACAGAUGUUAAGUUUGAUGCAAUUGUUGGACACUGGAGCAAACAGUGAACAGCAAGUUGUUUGUCGUUUCCCCAUGACACGAGUGAAAACAGAACAUGGAUCAUGUGUAGCACAGCAGUUUUGAUUCAGAGCAGAAGCAAGACAGGUACUUCUUCCAGGCCACCACUACCCUUCACACCUAGACGCUUAUCCCACACCUGCAGCAGGAACACACAUGCAUAACAUGGAGUGUUACCAGAGCAGAGAUGCAGCUCUGCAAGUCAGAAGGGCUGUUUUAGCUGUGCAUUGUGUCAUCGCUAGCUCCUUCCCUGCUUCCCGCAUGCACCGAGGCAGACAGGAAAUGCAGCAAAGCCCAUUUUUGGGCAACACAGGGAUUGCCUGAGUAUAUAUAUGUUAAUCUGGACUGAUCACUGAGCAAAGUGAUCUUGUGGGAAGUAGUUCAUAAGGGUGGUCUGCUUCAUCUCAAUGAAUCAUUUAAAUUUAAAAAACCUGUAACACACACUCCAUUCUAUGUGCUUUUGUAGUGAGUACCUGAAAGAACACAACCUUUUAAUCAAGUGUUACCUGAAUAUGUUGAUUAUUGCAUUAUGCAUGAGCAACAUCAGCACAACUUGUACAGAAUAAAUACAGUUCUUUACCCAAAA